AGGACCAGCAGAGGGCAGCACUCUACACUUCCGUUCAAAAUAAAAACACAAGCAGUGUUUACGUGUGGCCAGCUUGACGUUUGGUGCCUACCUACAGCAAAUAACUUAUUUACUAGAAACUGCUAGAAAACACUGAACUGAGAAAACGUGUUUUUGACUUGAAGUAAGACAUGAAGACACACAGAGAGCUAUGGAGAGUAGAUUCUGUGUUCUGAGCGACACUGAAGAGCUCCAAACGCUGAUUUCUAACACUGAGAACUAUUUCUUUUUCGAAAGGUCCAAGACACUAUUUGAAGAAAUCCGUGCCUCCAUUAACAACAACGAUGAAGAGGACCGCUCCUUCUGGAGGCCAGUGCUCCCAUGGGGAGGCGUCUUUACCAUCAAAGCAGGGCGGAAGGCCAUAUCCUGCACCCCCCUGUACGUCAAAAUCAACCUAAAGAACACCUGCACCAUUGAUGGCUUCCUUAUGAUCCUUUAUGUCAUUCUGCGGGACAAUCAGAGCUUUCAUAGAGAGCUGGCUAUCUUCCUGGGCAAGCAGUUUGUGGAGUAUUUCCUCUACCUGAUGGACUCCUGUGAUUAUGCCACAGUCAAGAUGCUGUGGAUCUGGGACAGGAUGUCCAAAAAACAGUACCGCUCUGAGAUCCGCAAGGCAGCACUGGAAAUUGACUUGUUUGGAAAUGAGCAUCAGAACUUUACAGAGAACCUGGAGAACCUCAUGUCCACCAUACAGGAGAGUCUAUGCACUAACUGGAGCUGCCCAGGCCGUUUCCAGGAGUUCAUCAAGACCACAAUCAGCAUCAGCCCGCCUCACGAGCUGCCUCACAGAGACCCCAUUCAAUCAGCUGUGGACGAAUACUUCUGUCCCAAACUCCUCCUCUGCUCAGAACUGGGGUGCAAUGGUCUGAGGGAUUUCUCGCAAAGAGCGUUCUGCAACGGACCUCCACCUUUUGUCAUUCUCAACAUGCAGCAGUGGAAGUCAGAAGAACUGUCCUAUGUCCCCUACCAUCUGGCUCUCUGCCAGCACAGGUACCUACUAGAGGGCGCCACACUCUUUAACAAGGAGGAGCAUCACUACUCUGCAGCCUUCCAGAUUGACGGCUGCUGGAUGCACUAUGACGGCCUGAGGAGUGACAAUCUGAUCCUGUUACACAAACCACCCGAGCUCCUGCUGCUGUCCUCUCUGGUCUACAUCCGAGCCUCAGACAAGUGAACCUGUCCUUGUCACAGGGGGACGCACGCUGAACACAGGACAUUCUUUCUGUGCAUAUGUUGUCAUGACUCCUUUGAUGGCAUUAACUUACUGUAUGUAUAUAUAUAUAUAUAUUUAUAUAUAUAUAUAUCUUUUUGGGGCAUCUUUGCCUUAAUUUGAUUGGACAGCUGAAGAGAGACAGGGAAUGUGGGGAGUAGAGAGUGGGGAAAGACAUGCAGUAAAUGAUCAAGGCCUGGAGUCGAACCCACGACCACUGCAACAAGGACUAUAGCUUCUGUAUAAGUUGCUAAACUUAAAAUGCUACCCCAAUGGCGCCCCUUGUUCCAUUUUAAUGCAUAAUUUGAUUUCUAUCAUGUCAGCUGUUGCUUUCUGUUACUUGAAUCAGUGCUGAAUGAUACAUGAUCCAUUUCACCUGAAUGCUUGUUGAAAGCUUACUGUGCUAAAGGGUAAUUACUUCUUCUUUUAGCAUGCUUGGAAUCCAAGACUAUAAUGGACUAUAAUAGUUCUGGGUUGAUGCGCAUAAAUGCAAAUUGUUAACUUAUGUAUUCGACAUUCAUAUAACAUUACCAGACUCAAAAACAGAAGGAUUUCAAAAAUGUCACGGUUGCUCAAUGGGUGUGUGUGUGGGUUUGCAAUUAAGAAGCCUUGAAGAAGAUGACUGUUUAUAGAAUUCUUCAUUCCCAUCACUCAAUAGACGUUCAUGCACAUCAGCCAUUCCCUUGAAUUUAAACCGGUGCUUUUUGUAUUCACACUGACGUCUUACGAUAACAAAAACCCAAACCAGUCUGGGGUCCAUGUCAGACGCAUCUCUUGUUUCUUCCUUCAGAGUUGAAUUUGUGAAAGCGCUUAAUGUGGUGAAUUAAUGUUCAGUUAUUCCUGAAAGGUUUAAAGGUUGAGGGUGUCUGAAAAAUGUAUUUUUCUGAUUUAACAAGCUUAAACAUGACUUGUUUACAAAGCACAAAGCUGGCAGCAUGUCUGUUAUAAUAAACAUGCAAGUAUUUUAACUCUAUCUCAGCACACUGCAGUUGCCAACCAAGAAAUAUGUAUUACUAUACAUACUAUGUUUUUAAAUAGUUUUAAGCACUUAUUAUUGUUUCCACUCAGUGCCUCAGCGAGGAGAGUUUUUUCAAAGACAGUCCUCAUGCUGUAAAUCUUGAUUGUUUAUUUUUUUAAGCUGAAAUCUUCUUUAAAAUGCAAAUAAAAAUAUUUUGGAUUACA